AUGGCAGAUAGUUUUGAAAAAAUUGCUUAACAAUUGUCUAGAAGCAUGAAUGCUUUGAAGGCUAAGAUUUAAAGGACUCCUAUACUGCAACCUCGUGACAAAAAUGACAUUAAAUAAGAUAUUUAAGAGCAUCAAUAGAAUUUGGAUGAAUUGAAUAACUUAAUAUUGUCAUAUGAACGCAACAAUAAUAAGUUUAACCUCACUUAAAAUUAAAUACAAUAAAGAAAGUAAGAAGUUUAAAGAUUAAUCGGUUUAAAAAACGAAAUUUUAAAUAUUAUUGAUGGCCAAAGCACUAAGUAAAUGAAAUAGGAUCUUUUCAAUUAAAAGCAAGAACCUAAAACAUUUAAAGAUAACUAUGCCUAGCCUGGUACUUCAACAAAGUAAAUCCAGUAAAACUAUUAAGAUUUAUAAAAGGAUUAAGAUAAACAUAUUGAUAAGUUGAAUGAAAAUCUAGUGAUUACUAAAGGAAUAGCGAUAUAAAUAGGAUAACAAGUAGAAGAACAUAUCGAAGUUCUAGAUGACAUUGAAUCUAACGUUGAUAAAGGUACAUAAAAAAUGCUUACAACAACAGGAAAAAUGAAGAAUUUGAUUCAAGAAAGUAAAACUUGGGGUAUUUUAAUAGGCAUUUUUGCUGAAAUAGCAAUUUUGGUACUGAUAAUUAUAUAUAUUAAUUGA